GGCUCGAUUAAUAUUUUCUCCAUUGUUUGCGAGCAGUUUCUAGACAAAAUUUGAAUUUAUAACUAUACAUAAACGAGGAAAGGAACCCGAUACAAAGAGUAGAACUAACGAACUAACUGCUGAGUGUAAAGAUGCAAGGUUAUGAGAUUUCUAACAAUGACUGGAAUACUUGAAUCAACUGAAUAUUAUGAAUUAUGAUCAAAUUAUAAUGCGUAACAGUACGUGAAUGCAAAAGCGCGUCACAUGAUCGUUAGUCAAUUAUUUGGAAGCACUGCAAAGCGAUCAUGUCGUUAUGUGUGCGACUUGCCCGCAGUAAACCCAUCCGUAUAUUGAAAAGUAUAGCCAUGAAAUGUUGGGCUUUCUGUGGAACUUACAUACUUGCCUGUUUUUUUCUGUACUGGUUGUAUGGUGGAAUCUCUGCUUUCUUUCUUCUUUGUUUCGCUACUACAGGUAUAUUGUAUCAUAAAGAAGAUCGGCUUGUGUAUCGUCCAGAAUGGCCAACUAGUUCACGGGUAUAUGUUCCUGCACCGUCGAUAUUUAAUUUACCUUAUCAAAGUAUAUACACAGGAUCGGGAGAUGGUACAUUGUUACACAUGUUCUUUAUUCCUCAACCAGAGGAUAGAGCGAGAAAGGUGCCUACCUUAUUGUAUCUUCAUGGCAAUGCUGGUAAUAUAGGACACAGACUUCCAAAUGUCGCUGAAUUUUAUCAUAAUGUCCAGUGUAAUAUUUUAAUGUUGGAGUACAGAGGAUACGGAUUAUCGCAAGGUUCGCCAUCUGAAGAAGGAUUAUACAUGGAUGCUUGCGCAGGAAUUGAUUAUUUACGUAGUAGAACCGAUAUAAAUACCAAUGAAAUUAUUGUAUAUGGAAGGUCAUUAGGUGGAGCGGUAGCUAUCAAUUUGGCCACAAAACCAGAGAACUAUAACAAGAUUUGGUGUCUUAUCCUUGAGAAUACCUUCACUAGUAUUCCUGAUAUGGCUGCAUUUCUUUUCGGAGUAAAAUUUUUACAAUACCUGCCACUUUUUCUAUAUAAAAAUAAGUAUUUGUCCAUUCUCAAAGUGCAGUCGGUAACAGUACCUACGUUAUUUAUUUCCGGACUGGCGGAUACAUUAGUACCGCCACGUAUGAUGCAAGAUCUUUAUAAAAAUUGUAAGAGUUCGUGUAAGAAAAUUCUUCCAAUCACGGGAGGUACCCACAACGAGACAUGGCGUCAACCAGGAUAUUAUCAAAAUAUAUGUACUUUCUUGAACGAAUUGAGAGAAAACCCACCUGCUCGAGUGACGUGUAGUCACUGGCAAAUAGACGAUAUAUAAUUGCUAAGUAUAAAGUUCAUUUUAUAUAUAUUGUUCAAUAUCAGGUCGACGUAGUUUACCGUAAUUGAAUACAUCAGCAAUUUUUAUAGUAAUCGUUAAUUUAAUUAGUUAACGGGGAUCAGAUUUUUAUAUAAAUAUCUUAAUAAGAUGAAUAUAAGGGUAGCGAUAUUUAGAAUGACAUCUAUUUGAAAAUCAAUGAACUAUUAGAAUUCAGAUUUAGUAAAAUAUCGAGCUCGUCUAAAAUUCGCAAAUAAGCGAAUGAAAACUCAAGUCCUUCCAAUAUAGAGAGUACUUCAUUGAUAACAAAUCGAUGUCAACAGAAUGUUCGUAUAGUCUUAAUUUAACUAUUUGCAUCGAAAAUCGGCUGUUUUUUUAUAUUUCAAAAUAUACAUAAUUACACGAGUACUGUUGUAUUUAUAUAUGUGAAUUUAAAACUAUAUGUAUUUACAUGCGUGUGUCUGUAAUUCUUUUAAUUUUUCGUAAAGCUACAGUAUACAUGCGUACGUGUACAUAUUUAUAGAUAUAUUGCGUAUUAAAUGUAAGGAUCUUUUAUUUUCUUCUAAUUUAUUCAGUAAUAUUUAAACUCAAACUGUUUUAAAGUAUAAAUAACUAAAUUAAAGAUAAAUAAAUGUAUACAACAA